AAGCAGCUCGAAGUUCAGUUCGCGAGGACAUUUUAUUGUGAUAAUAUCCGUAAUCAGUGUAUAGGAAGUUUAGUUUUGUCAUUUUCAUUACAUCUAGUAACUUUCCAAAUGAUAACAUUUCAUCGUACUGCGAAUCUACGGCAGCCGUGUGUCCAACUUUAUUCGAAAACAGGACAAACUGGAUUAAUAUUUAUAAUUGAAAAUCAGUGAAAGGCAUGCAAUAGUUAUGUAAAAAGGAAGAAUAAUUUGAGCACAACAAUUACUCUUCCAUGGAAGAGAGAGAAAACGAGAGUGAAUCAAAUACCAUGUGAACGUGUAACACUGUACAUAAAUGUGGUGCCAACAAACCUAGAGUGCUGGAGCUCUUGGCAAAUUAUUGCAAAAAAAAACACAGAAGAAAUACAAGGGGGAAAAGUGUGGCUGGAAAACAGUAGUGAACACAUUGUACGAGCUCUGGACUAAGUGUGUUGUUAAUUUUGCAUUCUAUUCGAGCGCCUUGUUUUCCUUGGACCCGAAUAGUAUAUCGAACGCAAACAUUCUAUCGACGCAGCACUACGCAAACACAUCCACAUCUAGAUCCCUGGUGUGGUCUGGUGGCGAAACCGGCCAAUGAACGUUUAUUCCUCGAUGCUGUCUGAUGAUAGCGGGAGCUGAGCUGAGCUGUGGACGACAGGAGGAGCAACAAAUCUAUCGGCACGUCACGCUACUCUACUGAGCGAACAGGACCCAGCAGUGUGAGAAAUACACAGCUUGGCCCGAGAAACCAUCUCUAUGACGUCUCACGGGCUAUGGGUGGAAUGCUAAGGCCGGGGUGCCCAUGGCGCCCCAUGUGAUUAAACGUUUGAACUGAUGAAUGUUUGAUGAUUUUUUUCCUUUCACACAAAUCUACUCCAUUUCAUUGCUUUCAAAAAUAUCAUUCGGAGGGCUGAAAAAAAAGGUGAAACAGCAGUCGAAAAUACCAUAUCAGUAUCUAUAGGUUGAAGGUCUCGUGGAUUGGUUCUUGGUGUGCGUGUAUGUGGUAUUUCAAGCGCACUGCAUUUCGUUCGACUGUCAACCAGGCAACCAAUGUGCUGCGGAAUUAUUGAAAAGCUAGAACCCAAGAGCGGAAAACAGCACAACAAACAAUACCAAGGCUGGUUCCAAGUCGGUGAGUUUUUCGACUUCGCUCAACGUGCUGCCGAGUAAAUUGCGGAAAAUAGUUCCGUGGACCAAUCGGAUUAGUUCAGUCCAACCGGAAAGUUUCGCAAGGAUAUGGAUGAAGAAAUAGUUCCACGUACACUUCGUGAGAAAGCAUUGUUUUACACGACUGCCUUUUUUAUCUUGCUCGGCACCUUUAGCCUCUUCGCAUUUUUGUUCUUGGUACCAUUCGUAAUUGAGCCUGCUUUCACCACAAUUUUCAUGCAAUUCGAUGAGUCACCGGCAUUGUGUGUCACCGUUGAUCUUGAGCAUUUAUAUGGCGCGAAAAAUUGCAGCUGGGCUUCGUGUCGUGAAGGCUGUACCAAGGACAUCUACGAAUGUCAGCAGAUACGCGUCAGCUAUAAAACAAGUGCACAGCUAGCAGAAGCAGAAGCUGCCGAGGCAGGAACCUCCGAUGGCACCUUGAUGACGACGACGAUGACGACGUCCACAGCUGCUGCUUCCAAAGCGGCAACAGCGACAGCUACAAAAACCACUGGUGAUAGUAGUGUUAGUAAUGAUAGCAGCAAAAGUAGUAUAAAAAAUAAUUUGAAUAGAGUUAGUGAAAGUAGUGAACCUAUUAAACCAAUUGCAACCGCUGAUAGAGAAUCUUCCUCCAGUCUGCACGGCUCGAGCAGGUAUGAAACUGCACUGAAUCGGUUCGAGCGAGCCGUCCGAGCCGAUUACGACUACAACGAUAUGCUGGUGGAUGAAGGGAUCAAUGGUUUUGGUGAUCACCGAAACGGUAUAAUCAGCUCAAUCAUUGGUGAAGAUAACAAUCUGAUGGAAUAUCCAGAUGAUAUGACCGAACUAACGGGUAACGAUUCGGAAUGGUUUUUCACGGGGGCUCGAUUGUUUCCCAAUGUGAAAGGUUGCGGCUAUCCACCGAUGCUGAACUGCACUAUCUGGACCAAAAAAUAUUGGAAAAUUGGAACGAAUUUUACUUGCUAUUACUCUCGUGUGGACCCAGGGCUAGUCAUCAGCGAUCUAGAUAUGUGGCAAAACACGCUAAAUCUUGUCUAUGCCAUGGCUAUUCCUAUUCCAUCAUUCAUAAUAUCUGUAAUUUACUUGGCAUUUGCUUACUUCGUAAUAUAUAAUGAAGAUGAGGAGGCAGCAUUGUUGGACAAAAAUGAUGAAGAAGACGGCGUUGAAGAUGAGCUGAACGAGACCGAUGAAGGCAAUGAUAAUAAGAUAAACGAAAGCGAAGCAGAAAUAACUGCCAAUCACAUCAAUGAGCACAAUGCCGAUGAAGGUAAUACAGUGAAUACAACCACAACAACUCCGAUCCAGCAGCUACCUAAUGGAACAGCAAACUCGAUAAACAAUAUCAACAAUACAAAUACAAACACAACGGCCACAACCAACACCGAUGGAUCGUCGAAACCAAUGACGCCGAACUCCACCUCGGACCUGAACUCGUUCGGUCACCAGCUGAAAGUGAAGAUGGCCGACGAGAUGUCCAGGGAGAGCAUUGACGGAGGAUUACUGUCAAAUUCAGCUUCGUUGCAAGGAAACUUGAGCAAGACGAUGACGACCAGUAUCUCAACUCCUCCUGGUCCGAUAGCCGCAGUUUGAAGCGUCACGUCCAUGGCUUAGACGACGUUAAGUUUAAAUUUACCAAGUAAGGGAAAGCUUUUCUUAUGAAAAAAAAAAAACGGCAAGACAAACAGCGAGUGUAAGAAAACUAGAGCAAAGGAAAACUUAUUUUUUCGGUGUUUGAAAUAAUGCGCAAUAACGUUUUUAAGCUAUUGAGAGUGUAUCGCCCUUAAUAAGAAUAUGGAAAAUAGAAACUUUUAUUAGUUGUUUUCGUGAAUGGAAAACUAAAGCUCAUUACGAGGUGAUUAUUUAAUACUAAGGUGAUCAAAGCACAAAUAGGACAAGACACUUAACAAGCUUGAUGAGAAAUGUACAGAAGAAAACAGGCAAAUUCAUUUCAAUGAGCAAAUCGUAUAAUCACCUUUUUAACAACACUCAGAACAUUGAUUAUUUGACAUUUUUCAUUAUCAACCGGAAAUUUUGGGUCUUUCUCCUGUAUUUUGAAGAAUCUCUUCCGAAUCAAAAGGAAGCAGCUACAUAGGCGUAGAUAGAAAUCUCACAACACCUCAAGCUGAAAUAGUAGAACGCAAUAAACGUGCAAUGGAUAUUUCCGAAACGUAGUGCUUUUCAAGUUACCUGGUCAUUCAUUAGAACCCCAAAGAAAUUACAUUCCUGCACAUAGGAUGGAAAACAAUACUGCUGACUGUUAUAGAGAGAGGCUCUGCGCACUAAUCGAAUUCGAAAUCUUAACACGAAACACAACAGUUCAAUAAGCAAUAAUCGAACCAACCCACCAAACGAUAACCCUUAUUUUGAGGAAGUGAUCCUUGAUCACCGAGGGCCAGUUGUGAGUCUACAAAAACUGCAAAACAUUUUCGAACACUAGCGAACAAUAGAGACCCAUUUCAUGAAUGCACAACCUAAAUAAGAAAUACCUUCUUCGGUUUGACCACUUUCCUUUGGUUUUUGGAAAUAUUCUAUGCACGUGCGUCCGUAUACGUUCAGGUUUAAAAUGGAAAACAGGCCCACGCCAAAUUCAUAAAUGGAGUUUGUUGGAUGCACACGAGAGUAAUAUUUAUGGACAACGGUCAGUGAACAUCUGAGACGAUGACCAAGUUUUACAAAUGAAACUCUUUCAAUCAAUAUUAAAACGGAAAAUAGUGCAAAAAUUUGAAAAUUUUAUUACCCGGUUGACAAAAGACAGGAUCGCUAAGGUACACAAGAAUGAAAGGUAACAUAGUUUUGUGCUACAUCGACAUGGAUAGUUCGUUAUCACUGCAUGCAAAAUUACAAAAAAUCCAAUCAAUACAUGAAAUAGUCAAAGGAAGAACAAAAUUCAAAUUCAUCUCAUAAGAAUCAAUCCUGUCAGAUGGAUGCUAAAAUCGAAGUCUUGAAGCAGCAUUUGCAGAGGCAACCUUAAUCUGGAUAGACCUCGAGUUUUGUGUAUCCCGAGCACGAAGUUGAUUUCAUGUGGUCAGGUGAGUUGCAGCUUUUUCCCCAGCCCUUCGGUUAAACUACUCUUUUUGAAGUUUGUUCUACCUGAAGUAAUGGGGUCCCGAAUGUGCAAAUUUCAAAAUAGGCCAAGAUGGCAGCAUAUUUUAGUGGUAGCCUACGGCGAAAGUUCGAUAGGGUAGUACAAAAUCCUUAAGGACAAGCUUGAUGACACUGAUGGAGCGUCUUAAGAGUCCGAACUAACGGUAUAACACCUCGAUGAAUGUUGAGUAAACCAGGUAUUGAUUGGUGGGAUAAGCGCUUUCGCCUUCAAAUACCGGAAAAAAGGAAGUUUUUUUCUCUAAGGUUAUAGAGAUCGGGCGUGCAUACAUUAAAUUAUUUUACUAUCGUAGUAAGUGCAAGCAUUUCUCCAAAAGAAUAGUCUUUUUGGUGAAGAAAAUCCAAAAAAAAAGACCAAAGCACAACUCUGAUCUCAAACUUUGGUUCCAAAUAAGUAACAGUCUUAACUAACUUAAUGAUCCCGCGCCUAUCCUUCGGUGCAUAAGGCCAUGGUAGAAGACUUCCACUGUUGACGAUCUGGAGCCAGCGUCUUCGUUUGGUUCCAAUCAAGGUUCUCGUCGACAGUUCGGACUUCGGCAGCUAGGCUACGCUACCACGAGCUUCUGAGUCUGCCUCUUUUUCGAUUCCGCUGCAGAUCUCGUCUACAAUUUUUAGCAGCGUAUGUCGGAUCAAUCUCCAUUACGCUCGUCCAUACUAUAUAAAAGUUCGGAAGGAUACAAAUACGGCAACCAAAAGACAGCCUUUAGCGCUCUAUUCGCACGGCCUGUAACUCCCUUAGGCGGAUUUUACAGGCUUUACCCCAUAGUAACACCAGAUAUUGCAACCUCGAGUGAAACAGCGCAAAAUAUACAACUUUCAGCCAGUGAUUUGGAAUGAACGCAGAAAUUUUCCAUAUGGCACCAACGACUGGAGUGAGUGUUCGUUUAAGUUGCUCUAUAUGGGCUGUCCAGCUUAAGGUAUCGUCCAAAAGUAGUCCUAGAUAUUUAAACUCGUUCACUCGUUCAAUUAGAGUUUUGCCUAUACGGGUUAUUGGCAGCUGAGGUAUUGAGCGACGACCGAAAUUGAACAGCAUGUACGGAGUUUUCAACAAAUUUAACGAGAGAAGAUUAUAGUCGAAGUAUUGCUGAAGGAUUACCAAAUCGUUUCCAUGCCAUUCCACAAUCUGGAGAGGAUUGGUAUUAUAUCAAGGUACGAUAUCAAGGUGUCGUCGGCAAAGACUCGAACUUUGCCGCGCAGAUUCAACAGGGGGAGAUCGUUGAUGAAUACCAAAUACAACAGCGGGCCCAAGUUGCUUCCCUGUGGUGCGGCCACAGGGCCACAAAUUGUUCGCGAGCUGUAAAGUAGCUUUCGAUUAGCCGAAUGAGUUGUCCACGUAAUUCAUACCAUUCCAAUUUCUGUAACUGCAAGGCAUGAUCAAUGGUAUCAAAUGGUUUCCUCAGGUCCAAGAAUAAGGCACCAGAAUAUCUACGGUUAUCCAGAUCAUCGUACCAGUCCUCCAAAAGUUCGGUGGUUGCAGUUAGAGUGCUGCAUCUCUUUCUGAAACAAUACUGGCGUUUGCCUAUGAGGUAAUUUUUUAUUAAAUAUCGUGUUCACUAAGAAGUUCACGCAGGACCGGGCAGAGCAAAAAUUCAUAAACCGAAUUAGUUUGCUGGCAAGAUAUUUUUAACUUGACAGAUGUUCGCUAGUCUGUCCUUGAUGACCGAGUUGAGUAGCUUCAAGUUGGAAUAGGUUUGAUAUCUGUGAUCCUCCAGCGCGGGGAAAUCUAACGAGAGGCAAAGACUCUAGCAACUGAAAAUUUGGAAUUUCUCUUCUAAGCUGUGAAAAAAGUCAAGUGUACUUGAAGGAAAUUUGAUUUAAAGAAUUAAAGGUACAUUGUCGAUUGUUGGAAAAAUUAGUGAACAGUUGAAAACGGUCCAUAAUUGGCUGUUCGGCGAAGCUUCUGGUUGAUGUCGGAAUAUAAGCGUUGUACGGCCUUCAUGUCAACUUUGUGAAUACAUCUCUUGAUGCUACCAAUCAAUUGUGGUUCUAGGGUAAAAAAAUGGGAUCGAAUGUGUAUUCAGGAAGGAUUGUGUGUGUGUGUGUUUUUUUUCAUAAUGCGAUGACGCAUUAUCCGGCCAAAACACGUAUUGUUCAUCUGCAUGAUAUUUUUGUAGAAACGGCAUCGAAAUUUUCUUCAAAUAUUCAUUCUGGUACACAUCUUGUUUGAUAGCCAAAUUAGAUGGCUUGAACCAUGGCUUAGAAAUACCUCUCUCUGAAAUGGCGAUGUACAGCAUCACUCAUUGUUCAAACUUAUGUUUGAACUUGUAUUCAAUGUUUGAAGAUUUAGUAGUUUCCGGGGAUGUGCGUCUUCGAAAGAGGAAAUUGACUUACGUUGUCGAAAACAAAACAUUUUCCGGUAUAAUUUUUUAUCAUCCAGCGGCAUUGGGAUUUAAGAGUCUAAAUCUGAUUCUCAGUGUAUUCUUGCCAAUGUACUGGUGAGAACAAUUGAACUUUUUGGCGGCAUCCCGUUGGCUCAGUAAAUCCUUGUUGAUGAAGGCACGAGAAAGAGAACGAAGUCCUUUGCGUUCAUAAUUCUCGCUGAUCUGCCACUACCUUUUGCGAGUAGUUGUUGGGAAUUUUAGGAUGUGUGUAAACAGUGGUAGCCGCCACAUUUUCACUUUAAAAAUGUUGUACUGUACACUUUUUGCCAAGUUUUUGUGCAGCUCGUAGAACUGUACAACACGUUCGUAAAAUAAUCUUCUUUCGACGGCAUUUUGAGCAAAACACAAAAAUAAACAAAACAAAAAAUACUGGCGAAAAGAGGAGAAGAAAAGCUAACACAUACAUACUCUCAUUUUUCUCUGAGCUCGUUUAUCAAGUAUUAGGGCCUCGAAAAAAAUCCAAAAUUUUAGUUGCCACCCGUUAGCAUCUUACAGACUUUCAAUUGCGUGUCCAGAUUGAGACCUUUAAGUAUUGCAUAAGACAUCUUGUCUUCCCCUGGGUCGGAGUGGGUUUUUAAGGGCAGUUCCGUCUAGCAGUUCCCGAGACUUGAAUUCCUCAAGUGACUUGUCCGGGGUUGUGGUCGGGAAACUAUUCGCCUUCUUUCGUCCCUAAAGUAGUGGUUCACGAAAUCGGUUCCCUCCUGCGCCGAGACUUUUUUUUUGCAGAGUCACGUCCUCAUGAUAUCGAUAUAUCGAUACCCUUGACGAUGUUCCAAACAUGUUUCACUGGGGUAUUUUUGUCUGUUUUGCUGACAAGCUAGGCAAUGUAUGUACGAUUCUUCUUUCUGAACUCCUUCUUGAAGGCUGCUCUUUUCCUUUUGAGCUAUAUUGCUGCGUGUAGGCUCUCGAAGUCUUCCUUCAGCACUUUCCAGGUGACUUUAAGUGCUACUCUCGGAGUGACCAAGGAGAUAUCAAUUGUGGAUUGGCGAUUUUCUAGUGAGUUAAUUAUUGUGGGAAACCCGUCGUUGAGAAGGAUGAAUCUGACAUCUUCGAUCAGCUUUUUAGUAGUUUGCCUUGUGGUGCGCAUUGAGAUCCCCUCUUAUGAUUAUUUGCCCAAGAGAUCCUGUCCAUACAAUGGAAGAAUUAUUUAAGAUCUUCCACGGCGUUUUUCUUCUGCUGACUGAUGCUUGAGAGUCCAAUCUCUUUUAUCUGAAGGAAGAUAGGCGGUUAUUAUUGUUAUUGAUUCUGCGCCCUUGGUAAUUUCGACUGCGGCUGGCUCUAAAAAGGAGAAGUCCGGAAUCUCGACUUGCUGAUGUGUAAACUCUUUGGCGAUAAGGAUGCCUACUCCUCCUUACCCGUUUAUACUUUUCUUGGAGGUCAGAUUGAAUCCUCUAAGUUGGAAACUUUCCACUUCAAGCAGCCAGAUUUAUAGCAACAAGCAGAUUUUAGAGUCAGAUGUUGUUAUUAAUUUUGAAAGUUCUUAUCGUUUGACGCUCGGUCGGACUGAUUGAACAUCAAGUUGAAAAAUUGAAAUGUUGUUAAGCAUUUUGGAUGCCAUUAAUUAUUCUGGAUGGCUCAUAGUGUUGACUUGUUGCUUCGCUGUUGAUUAUGUCGUUUAGUCUCCCGUAUGUGAACAGGACUAUCUGGUCCACAUCUGUGUUUUUAUCAAGAGCAUUCAGCUUCAGGAUGAACUGGUCCUUUAAAGCUAUUAGUGGUCUCAACCCGAUCCUUUCCCACAGGCUUCUGAUGAGUGCUCUUCUUAUUGAAGAGACUACUCGCUCUACGAAGUUGGUGUUAAAGAAAAAAGGUUUCCUCCUGAAUUCUGCCCCUCUGCUCGGGGAGCAGCUAGAGCAGUGUCUCUCGAUUCAUGUUCUUGGAGAUCCUUGUGUGGCUUUUUCGUUCCCCUCCAACAAAGGGAACUCCUCUUCGUUUUCUAUUGCCAAUCCUUCGAAGCGGUUGCUCAGGAUUGGGAAUUGUGUGGCUUCUUCUUUAUACGAUAUUCCAUUGUUCCUAAUUGCGCUGGUGAUCAUUAAUCUACGUCGGUGAUCCGGACAAGAGGGUUCUUGGGCGUUUGUGUUUUCCCUUGCAUUUGGAACAGAAGGGAGGUUUGGUGCAGUUUUCUCUUGUGUUUACCCUGGCACAUAUCGAGCAUCUUUGGACUCCUGAACAAAAAAUAGUUUUGUGCCCAAAACGCCAGGACUUGAUGCAUUGCUUGACCGUAUAUACAUAUAUUUUGGCCCAAAAGUAACAGUCGUAUUGCUUGACUUUAUUGGGUACCUUUUCUUCUUAUACGAUGACCUUUACGUUUGCAGUAGGCAGCAAAUUUAUUGCUUGCGUUUCAUGAUUUCGAAAAGUUCGUUGUCGAAGUAUUCCGUUUGAAUACCCCUGAAAAAAGCAAUUGUAUCCCGCAAAAUAUUGGAGGAGUAAAUUCUGAUAUAAUGCUCCGAAAGCUUUGUUUUUUUAGUUCGGAGAUAGCUCCUGGAGAGUCCAACUCGAGCUUGAAUCGAUAACGACCAAUUGUUUUUGCUUCCGAAAAACUUUUGAAUUUCCAUCUCUAGGGGAUGUUUGGCGGUUUGUCCAGCGUAAUCGAAUUGUUCCAAAAUCACCGUCACGGAGUUCAUUUCUUUGCGUCCGUCUGUGGGAUUGUUCUGGGGAAUCACAGGGGGAUUGUCACUCUGUGCUUGUUUGGGGAUUGCUCCAGAUGAUGUUUUGGCUGGGUUCAAUGUGUUAGCGCUAGCUGAGCUCUUUUUGGCCGGCUGAGUUGCGCUUAUCGCUUGUUUUGUGCCUAGCCUCUGGCUUCUGACCAUUGAUCUCCAGCGCAGGCUGGUCUCGUCAUAUUUGGUUCUUCACCUCAACUCUUUUCUCUUCUUCGACUUCAUUCCCUUUCUUAUCUUCUUCGACUUCAUUCCCUUUCUUAUCUUCUUUAACUUUCUCAUCUUCUUUCUCGCUUUCUUUUUAACUUAUUUUUCUUAAAAAAAAUUUCUGGAUGUUUUUCUUUUUGAUCACUUUCUUUUGAUGCCCCUUGUGGCCAAUGAAUGCCCUCCCGUAUCUCUCCAAAUGCUAGAAUAACAUACGGCGAUCUUCCGCGAUUCAGCUCACAUCAACGACCGAGACUUCUAAGCGAACAAGCAACGUUGCUCGCGCGGUACACGGUUUUGCCGGAGCACCCAAAAUACAUCAAUCGCUGCUACGGCGAAACUUGGCAAGGCAGUAUUGCUGCUGCUAACGGGUUCCUCUUUUUAUUACUUUCACUGGCACUCCACCAACGAACAAGAAGAUGGCAAGAACCCGGCCCACCCACCGGCACCGGAAUCUACACCCGGAACUUAAGAGAUCUAUUGUCUCGAUUUUUGGCCGGAAACGAACACGCACCACUGGUGAAAACGGAAAAUUUCGCGUAUGAAACUGAAACGCACUCCCCAUGCUUUUACACACAAAAAGGUGUUUUUCUUUUCAAUCCUGAAGGGGUUGUUCAGCUCCAAACGCUGUCAUUAGUUUCUCAGUACGACAACUAGAGGCGCUGCAGUACAUAAAAGGAAAUAUUAAGUAGAACCACUGACCAUACUGACUGGACACUCGAUUUCGUUUUCUGGAUAAUUUCCAACAGUACGCAAUGUCGAUUCCAGAGUGCGCAUCUAUCGAUUUGAAGAAAUGCUAUCCCAGUUAGGAAAUGCCACCCAACUUUAAAAAUAAAACACACAAUUUCUACGAUAAAAUCGGGCUAAACAGGACCAUUUUUCCUACAGGGCAUUUUUUGUCAAAUUUUUCAGGUUCGCCACCUGCCGUCGGUAUUGCGAACCUGCAAAAUCUGACAACAAAAAAUUAGACAGAAAAUGGUUGAAGUUUUGUUCUAAGUGUCAUGUCAGUGUGGUCAGUGGUAAAGGGUGAUACGAUCAAAAUUUGGUCAAGGGAAAACGCGUGUAAAUCGGUGAAAUCGUUUAUUUAAAAAAUCAAAUUAAAUUUCUUUUUCAAGUUUAAUUAGUAUAAAAUUCACGAAAAAUAUUCAGUUAGGCUUCUGCUUUUCCAAAUCCGAAUUCCGGGCCUAAUGUUUAACCCCUUCCAUCAGAUUUUGUACAGCCACCUUGUCCACCUUCUUCGCCGCAGAAAGCCAGUUUGCCUUGAACUGCUGCUCGUCCUCAGCAGUUUUUUGGUCCUCUUUAGGUUCCGCUUGACAAUAGCCCAGUAUUUCUCAAUUGGGCGGAGUUCUGGCAUGUUGGGAGGGUUCUUGUCCUUGGGAACCACCUGCACGUUGUUGGCGGCGUACCACUCCAUGGCCUUUUUACCGUAAUGGCAAGAUGCCAAAUCCGGCAAAAACAGUACGGAACAACCGUGUUUCUUCAGGAAAGGCAGCAGACGUUUAUUCAACACUCUUUUACGUCUUGGUUGACAGUCCCGGAAGCUAUGAAAAUGCUGCUUUUCAAGCCACAGGUACAUAUGGCUUGCCAAACCAGAUAUUUCUUCGCGAACUUUGACAGUUUCAUGUGCAUGAAAAUAUCUGCUACCUCUCCCCUUCCUUAUGCCGUAUAAAACUCCUGUCCCGGAAGCUGCUUGUAGUCGGCUUUGACGUAGGUUUCGUCGUCCAUUACCACGCAAUUAAAAUUCGUCAGCAUCGUCGUGUACAGCCUCCGGGAUCGCGCUUUGGCCGUCGUAUUUUGUUUAUCAUCGCGAUUUGGAGUCACUACCUUCUUGUAAGUCGAUAGUCCAGCUCGUAUUUUGGCUCGAUGCACGGUUGUAGACGAUACACGCAGCUUAUUUGCGGCAUCUCGGAGAGAGGUUAGGGUUUCGCUUGAAACUACCGGAAACUCUCUUUGUCGUCUCAGCGGCUUCCGGUUUUCGAUUUCCCUCCGAUGCAGACUUCCUGGCUGUCGACAAACGUUCCCCAAACACUUUAAUUACAUUUGUAACGGUUGAUUUGGCAACUUUUAGCGAUUUUGCCAGCUUUGCGUGCGAGUAGUUCGGAUUUUCGCGAUGCGCGAGCAAAAUUUUGAUACGCUGCUCUUCUUCCUUGGACGGCAUUUUGACAACUGAAGAGUGAAUUCCAAAAUCAAAAAAGGAGCAACAUUCUACACACACACCUUCAAAAUGAGGGAUGUUCAGGUUUUUUUAAAUGCAAAAUUGAAAGAAAUAUGUCAAGUUGAUAUUGACCAAAUUUUGACCGUAUCACCCUUUAGAACAAACCUUAUAAAACUUAUAUUAUUCUCUAAACGAUGGUUUAUUGGUAAUAUCAGUGAUUCUUUAAUCUGUUUCUUCAACGUACUUGUUGUUUCGGCAAAUUUUGAAAUCUGUAUCCUUUUGGUGUUAACAAACAAAGAAUCCAAUCUGUCGAUAAUGAAUUAUCGUCUAACUUGAUGCUUGAUAACCUUGAGUUUGUUCAAUAGCAUUUAGGGUUGGCAUGAGAGCACACAGAAGCCAGCAGACUAUGAUAAUUUCUUCAGCUAUACUUCAGUUGACAAUCCAGUUUUAGAUUAAAAUACGGUCUGUUUUGUGUAACUCGUCGAGCUGCAUUUAGCAAAAAUAAGAUGUAGGUACCUGGUAGUUUUGUUUAAAUUCUUCACUGCUUGUGAGCUGAAUUUUGUACAGAAACUUCGAAUUUAACUUGAUUGUCUUGUCCCCACUUUGCUGUUCAUCCGAAAUAACCGGGCUGAAAUUCCAACUCUUAACUAUUCAACCCCGGACCCAAUUUAAAACCUAAACGCUCCACUUACCAGUCUCUGAAUGUCCCUUUGUUAUAUCCGCAUUGCAUGGCAAACUCUAAGCAAUAAAUCCGCAAUACAACGAAAUUCUGUCACUAUCCCAUCAAUUGUCGAGGGUACCAAAAAUGGAAAUGGGAAAGCGUGAGCACCAACCGAAGAAUGAAGGAAACAAUCAAACAAACAAACAGAAAUACUGAGCGGGAACCAAAAACUCGACCUGCACGACGACGGGGAAAGAAACCAAAUACAUUUUCCGGUGUCUCUAGCCUUUCGAAUCGAUUUUUGAGUUUUCGUUGUUAUACCUAAUACUACAUGCUGCACCUGAUCGACUGUGAAGACUACUUAGGAAAACGGACCGUUUUGUGGGGGAGACACACGAGUUUCGGAACCCCCGUCAUAAUAAUAAUUAUAUUAUCCACUCACACUCACAAGAAGAAAAAAAAACAACCAACUAAACAAACAAACGUUGCUUACUUUAAACGUUCUAUCUUAAUAAAAAAAAACAAUGAACAUGUUGAGUACUAUGUCUGAACGCUACCAUUACCAUUUUUCAAUGUGUGCAAUUCCUUUUUUAACAUAUACAUUAAAACAAACAAAAAAAAAACAUUCGAAAAAUCUUAAACAAGCAUUAUGAAUCAGAAAAAAAACUAUGACUAGAGUAGGAGAUAAAAUUCAAAACUAAACUAGCUUGGCUGAUAAAAAAAAUUAACAACAUAAGAAAAUGUAAAGCUAAAAUUUACAAAAGCAGCAAGAAUAUACUAGCUUAAAGUCAUGUGAUUGAUGAUUUUAAGGAUAAGUUACCUUUGAAUCCGCAUAAAUCCACAUACACAAUCAGAGAAUUGCGGCGUAAAUAAAUUACUUUUAAUCUUGGAAUACACAGAACAAAAAUCGCAACAGCAGAAAAAGGACAAAAUUAAACGAAGGGCUAGAUCUUGCCAUAGAUGAGGCGUUAGGCGUGGAUGCACCGAUUAAUUCAUUGAUUAAAAUCCAACGGUUUUUGUUUUCAAAGUUUACCAGAGGCUAGUUUGAAAGAGCGCAUUGGACAUGUAAAUAGUUUACAACCACAAAACAUGAAUUACAAAAAAAAAUCACGAGAAAAAAAACUAUAUACAAUAGCUACAAAGCAACUGCAGACUCCACCCCAGAGAAGAUCCAAAACAGAAGAACGGAAACCGGCAGGCUCGAUAUAUGGAACGAAUGAUUUAUCUAGAAACGAAAUUUAUUGGAAAUCUGAUCUAAAGUUGCUACCAUUAUUUCCCGGGAAGCGAAGCGCUAAGAAACGCCCUACAACUGCAAAGAAGCCACGACUUGUUAUUGCAAUUUAAUUGAACAAAAACAAAACAAACCCAUUCACAUACAGAUGCUAAAAGAAGAAAAUUAAAAAAAAAACAUAUGAUGGAAAAUUGAACAGAUUCUCAGAAUUGUAUAUUUUCAAAGUAUGUAUUGCCUUGUCAUUGCUACUAAUUUAAGGUUUAUCAAAAAGGAAAGUAUAGACAAAUGAUAAAAUCUAUUACGAUUAAUUAAUAAAAUGUGAAAGCUUUAACGA